AUGAUUCCCUUUAUUAUUGGUCCUCAAAAUCCACCAAAAUAUCAAACAUGUAUUACUUUAAUUACAUUAUUCCUAAUACUUUAAAUAGUUUAAUCAAAAAUAUUAGCACAUAGCGAAUCAUUUACAACAAUAAAUGGUAAUAUAAAAUACAAUUAUUUAUUUAGGUUGGUAAGUUAUUUCAAAUAACGCUCAUGAUUCGAGAAUUAUAACUUGCGGAGCAUCCAAUGUGUUAUUUAUACAUAAUCAAAGUCCUGUUGAAUAUAGUGCAAUGUAUUUCAAGACUUACGAAAUCCAGCCACAUUAUAAAAUUGAAGCAGAAUUUAAUUUUUGGACGUACUAACAUUAUAAAUUAUAGGAUAGAUUAUUGGAAUGCCAAUUAUUUCAUAGUUUAUUGUGAUACUUUAGUAGCACAUGCCUCUUUUUAUUCAACCACUAGUACAACUAAUUUAUGCGCGGUUUCCAACCUGUAUGAUGAAUCCUUUCUUAUCAAUUUUUAAAAGUUUCAUUAUGGCAGUACAGUUUCAAUAUCAUUUUUAUCAAGUUCUGAAAAAUUUGGAAUUUCAGAUUUCAAGUUAUAUAUUCAUGAAUGCCCCCAGCUGGAUGUAAUUCAUGCUAUGAUAAAGGUUGUUUUUAUUAAUUUUUAUAUAUGAAGUCUUUUGAUUCUCGAUCAAUGUCAACAAUAAAUACUAUGAAAGGAUGGUCUACUAAUGACAUAGUUUCCACAUUAGUUGGCAAUAUUGUGGGUAUAAUGUUAUAUUUUAAAUAGAUAUAUCUUAUCAUAAGUUCACAGGAAAUUCAAUUACAAAAGAGAUUACUCUAAAUUAACAUGAAGCUAUUAGUGUAUAUAUAAGAGUAAUGGUAUUUAAUUCAGAUUCAACAAAAAUUUAUAUCAAAAUUGAUGAUGUUCUUAUAUCAACUACUAGUUAUACUGAUGGGUGA